AUGUCGGACCCCAACUCUCCUCACAACAAAACCCGCGAUACCCCAACUUGGGGUCUCUAUCAGCGGGAGAACUUUUGGAAACUGAAUGAAGGCGAAGUUCCCCAGUUCAAUACUCACCCUGACAAACUUGAGGAGCUUGCCAAGCAGAAGUUAACUUUGAACGGAUGGUACUAUGCAUCUUCGAACGCGGGCCUUUCGCACACCCAUCUCGCUAACCGGCAAGCAUUCUUCCGGCACAAGAUCGUCCCUCGCCAGUUGGUCGAUACCAACGAGCGUUCGACCCGAACCAUUAUUUUCGGCCACGAGGUUUCUGCUCCCUUUGGCAUCGCUCCGAUUGGCAUCAACAAGAUCUACCAUCCACAAGGCGAGCUCCCUGUCGCCAAGGUAGCCGGAGAGCUGGGUAUCCCAUACAGCCUUUCGACGGCUGGGUCCUGUCCCAUUGAGGAAGUCGCCCAAGCCAACGACGCUGGGCGCGCUUCAGCGACCGAAGCUCAGUCCGCAGGCCAAUCAAAGAUCCCAGAGGGCCCUCGUUUCUUUCAGCUUUACAUGCCCCACGAUGACGAACUCACCAUCUCCUUGUUGACGAGGGCUCACGAGUCCGGCUUCACGGCAUGCAUUCUCACUACGGAUACCUGGCAACUGGGAUGGCGACAUGAUGACGUCGCAACGUCGAACUAUGCCUUUUACCGCGGCAUCGGCGCCGAUCUGGGCCUCACUGACCCCGUGUUCCGCAAACGACUCGCGGCCGAGGGCAUCGACCCGCAAAAGGAACCCGAGAAGGCGGCCGCGUUGUGGAUCGAUAAUAUCUGGCACGGCCGCGCGUGGUCCUGGGAUAAGGCCGUGUGGGCGCGCGAGCAGUGGCAGAAGAUCAGUGGCGGCAAGCCGUUUUUGAUCAAGGGCAUCCAGAGGGUCGACGACGCGGAAAAGGCGGCGGAUCUGGGGUUCGAGGGUAUCGUCGUGAGCAAUCAUGCUGGAAGGCAGGUUGAUGGGGCGAUUGCGAGCUUGGAUGCUCUGGAGAAGAUUGCGGAGAGAGUUGGAGAUAGGAUUGUUGUCACGUUCGACAGUGGCGUGAGGGGAGCGGCCGACGUAGUGAAGGCGCUCGCGCUCGGGGCCAAAUUCGUCUUCAUUGGAAGGUUGUGGAUCUGGGGGUUAAGCAUCAUGGGGGAGCACGGGGUAAGGCAUGUGCUCAGGGGUUUGUUAGCGGAUUUGGAUAUCUUGAUGAAUGUGGCCGGGAUUCAGAAGGUGGCGGACAUUGACAGGGACUUGCUUGAGUCGUUACCCAAGUCUUACGGCCUAAUUUCCGAGAAGAGCAAGUUGUAG